AUGGGAGGAAAACCAUCAAAACAAGAAGAACAAAAGAAAGAAUAUACUGGAGAUCCUAAUGGAACUUUAUAUUAUUCCAUCUCUGGUAAUGAAUUAUCAGAGAUGAUUACUAAUAAAAAAGAUGAAACAUUCCUCCAAUUAGGAGGUGCUAAUGGAAUUGCUAAAUUACUUGAAACUGAUGUAGACAAAGGAAUUUGUGAUGAAUCAUACAGUAAAAGACAAGAACAAUUUGGAAAGAACAGAACACCAGACCCUGUUCUUGUUCCAUUUUGGAAAAUUUGGUUUGAAGCACUUCAAGAUAAAACACUUAUUAUUCUUAUUAUUGCUGCAAUUGUGUCAUUAAUAUUAGCAUUUGUUGUUCCAAAUUCUACAGACAAGUGUUUAGCUAAUGGAACAGAAGAAGAAAAAGAAUUUAAUACAGAUUGGAUUGAAGGACUUGCUAUUUUAGCUGCUGUAUUAGUUGCUUCACUUGGAGCAUCUAUUUCUGAUUAUUCUAAACAAAAGAAGUUUUUAGCUCUUUCUAAAGAUGAAAAAGAUGUAAAAAUUAAAGUUAUCAGAAAUGGUGAACAACAACAAAUUUCUAUUUUUGAUUUAUGUGUUGGAGAUAUAGUUAAUUUGGAUGUUGGAGAUCUUCUUCCAGCUGAUGGAGUUUUUGUUCAUGGUAAUGAUCUUAGACUUGAUGAAUCUGAUAUGACAGGAGAGUCAGUUGCUGUUAAAAAAUCUGAAAAAAGUUUCUAUAUGAUGUCAGGAACAAAAGUUACAGAUGGAAAUGGAAAAAUGCUUGUUGUUGCA